AUUUUGAAAUUGGAAAUAGUAUUAAGGAGGACCCAACACAGGUAAUAUUUAAGGACAAAGAGCCCCAUGGGGCAUUAAUAGAAAAGUCUAAAAGAUUUGUUUCACAGAAUACCAACCCCAGUAAAUAUUAUAAAAGGGAAUGCAUCUCAGGAAGACAAUGGGAAAACCUUCAAGGAAUUAGACAGGGAAAACUGAUGUCUCAACCUAGAGAUAUGGGGAAGGCCACAGUGCAUCAGAGGCCUUUCAUGGGGAGGAAACCAUACAGACUUCUCAAAUAUGGAGAAAACUUUGGAAGGAGUACCCGUCUUAUGUGCAGGGUGACCCACCAGAAAGAGAACCCUUACAAGUGUGGUGUCUGUGGGAAGUGCUUUGGUAGAAGCAGGAGCCUAAUCAGACACCAAAGAAUCCACACAGGGGAAAAGCCUUUCAAAUGUCCUGAUUGUGGGAAAAGCUUUAAUGACUCCUCAAAUUUUGGAGCCCACCAGAGAAUCCACACUGGAGAGAAGCCGUAUAGAUGCGGGGAGUGUGGAAAAUGCUUCAGUCAGAGCUCAAGCCUUAUCAUCCAUCAGAGAACCCACACUGGUGAGAAGCCCUAUCAGUGUGGAGAGUGUGGGAAAAGCUUCACCAACAGUUCUCACUUCAGUGCCCACCGCAGAGUCCAUACUGGAGAGAAUCCCUACAAAUGUGGGGACUGUGAAAAGAGCUUCUAUAACUGUGCAAGACUUCGAGAACACCAGCGAAUCCACACUGGAGAGAAACCCUACACAUGUGCCCAGUGUGGCAAACAUUUCAGUAAAAUCUCUUUCCUCACCAAACACCGGGAAGUCCACAUGAGAGAAAAGCUACUGCCAUACUCUCCCUCUGGGUACUCACCAGAAAAUCUACUAAGAGGGAAGAGUGAUGAGUUCAGGAAGGCCUUUUGA